GUUCACUUCCGGUCCUGGCGCGGAGGCCAUGCCGCUGGACCACCGCCGCGUUCCUGGGCCGGAGGAGUCUCAGUCUCCGCUGCUGUUCGUGAGGGCGGGCGGCGAUGGCAAAGCGGAAGCAGUACGGACUUCCGGCCGUGACCCUUCCCGCCUGCAGCCGCUGUUCGCCCGCGUGGGGCUGCUGAGCCAGGCCAAGGGCUCCGCUUACGUGGAGCUGGAGGCCGGCACCAAGGUGCUCUGCUCGGUGGCCGGGCCCAGGGAGGCUGGCGGCGGCCCCGGAGCGCCGGCGGGGGAGCCCCGGGGCCGGCUGCUGUGCGAGUUCCGUCGGGCGCCGUUCUCCAGCCGCGGGGCCCGUUGCCACCCGGCGGAGCGGGAGCCGGAGCUGGGCCUGGCGCUGCAGGAGGCGCUGGAGCCCUGCGUCCGCCUGGGGCGCUACCCUCGGGCCCAGCUGGAAGUCAGCGCCCUGUUGCUGCAGGACGGAGGCUCCGCCUUGGCCGCCGCUCUCUGCGCCGCGGGGCUGGCCUUAGCCGACGCCGGAGUGGAGCUCUAUGACCUGGUGGCCGCCUGCGCUCUCUGCCGGAAACCGGGGCCUCAAGGAGAGUGGCUGCUGCAGCCCAGCGAGGCUGAGGAGCGCCUGGCCGGCAGAAGAGGAGCUCACCUCACUCUGGCCCUGCUGCCCUCCCUCAACCAAGUGGCCGGGCUCCUGGGCAGCGGAGGAGGAGGAGGAGAGGCCGAGAGCUGGGCCACCGCCCUCCGCUUGGGCCUCGACGGCUGCCAGCGCCUCUAUCCGCUCCUCCGGCAGAGCCUCCUCCGCGCCCUGCGCCCAAAGAAGGAAGACCAGGGGCCAACGGUGGGCCCCGAGGACAAGGAGGACGAUGGCGAGGGACAGGACAGGGCUCCAGCUUCACCUCCAGACUCUUCCAGGGAGUUCAAAACUGGAGGCUUCUGAGAGGCAGAGUCGGCAUCUGCUGCGUCCGCACCACAGCCCUGUUUGACACGGCUCCAUGCCAUCACACUUCUCCAAAAACUACCUUUAACACAAUCCGAUCGCAUGAAUUGCCAUGGCUCCAUGCUAUGGGAUUCUGGGGAUGGCUACAUGCCUCCAAAAACUACAUUUCCCAGAAUUCCAGAGCAUGAACUGCCAUGGCUCCAUGCUAUGUGAUUCUAGGAACUGCCAAAUGGUUCCAAAAGCUACCUUUAACACUAUCCGAUUGCAUGAACCGCCAUGGCUCCAUGAUAUGCCAUUGUGAGAACUACUAAAUGGCUCCAAAAACUGCAUUUCCCAGAAUUCCAAAGCGUGGUGUCAAAUCAGAUUGCUGCAGUGUGGGUGCAGCUCAAGAGUGUGGAUCCCACUACACUCCUUUUCAGCCCUUGGAGUCUCUCUUUCCACAAGUCUUUCCCAGGUUGAGUGAAUGUGAGCAUCCUGGCUUUAGGUCCCCAAGGACUGCAUCCAGGGAAGACUAGGCUGUAUGCACCUCCUUGCCCACUUUGUGUCUGGAACCAGGCAUGCCUUUCUCCAAGGACUAGCAGCAGUAUCUGCAUCGGAAGAUGGGCCUUUGGCCUUGAGCGUGUGUGAGGAGUCCGGAGAAUUUGAACUGGGUACUUCUGCAAGGCAAAGGCACAACGUCCAACCAGAACGGCUUGAGGAGAAGCACACACCAACAAUAGACCAACCCAGGGAUACUUUCAAACUGCUUUCUGUGAAAUAAUGGACUGAUGCCAUUAUUCAUGUUUUGAUUUAUCACUGUCUCCCCAAACUUGGUGCUCUUCAGAUGUGCUGGACUAGAACUCUGUUGUUCCUAUCCAUCAGGAGAUACAAUCCAAAAUACCCAAUGGCACCAGGUUGGAGAAAACAGCUAGAAAGAUUUUUCUUUUUAACUACAGUUGGUAUCCAUUUUGCUAUGAACAGUUAAUGUCAAACUAGGUUACAAGAAAAUAAAAGUUUUGUUACUGCCUGGA